UGCUCCUGUAUCCACAUCCAGGAAGUGGUCUCUGGGAAGUCUGACAGCGGAGUCAACUCCAACUCCCAGUUGACUAAGUCUGCUCGGUUAAUUGUUAGCUAAUAUUAUCCAACAAAUAGCUAUUGUUAUUCGGAGAAGGAAACAAUGGAGGUCGACUCAGUGUUCUACACUGAUCGUAGUGGAAGGGUCAGCAGUAACCCACUGUUGGACCAGCUCCCCAGCUACCAGUCCCUGCUGUACCGCAGGAAGUCGUCCACGGCUGGCACCAAGCGAAGGAGCAGCUCCCGAGGGCGCAUCGGCUCCUCUGGCAGUGGGAAAUGGGGCGUGGGCACCAUCAGCAGGCGUGAGGAGAAACAGAAGAGUCAGACGGAGGAGAGACCCAUCAGGGAACUCCCCAGGACCAUGGCCGAGAAACGGAGAGACAACACACAGCGCUUGGAGGAAGAUCGAGAGCUCAGCAGUUUGAAACAGUUGGAGCACAGCACCCGCCGGCAUCUGAGGAGGCUGAGGGACGAUGUUCACCAGUGGCUGGGCUCCCUGAAGCUCUGGAGGGGCGACAUCCACCUCAUAGAGGGGAUGUUCGGCACAGGGAUCCUGUCGUACUUCUCCUUCCUGCGCUUCCUGGUCAUGCUCAACUUGAUCAUCUUUGUGCUCAUGUUCAGCUUCGUCAUGUUACCCAUCAUCAUAGCUCCUAACGUUUCGGGGAAUAUCACCUACAACUUGAAUUUAGGAAGUGAGUGCAGUGUGUAUCCCAGCAGCGCUCGGCGAGGGCUGGUCAUCUUUCAUGAGCACAUUACAGAUCUGCUGUCUGGAGGAGGCUUUCUGGAACAGACUUAUCUUUUCUACGGCUACUACAAAGCGGACAAAAUCCACUUUUCUAAUUCCACUUACAAUUUGCCGCUGGCCUACCUGUUGGUCACCAUAGCCUACCUGUUCUUCAGUCUCAUCUGGAUUGUUAAAAGGUCUGCCACAGGAUUUAAACGUAACCUGAUUCAGGAUGAGGAUCGUUUCCAGAGUUUCUGCAACAAGAUUUUCGCCGGCUGGGACUUCUGCAUCACCAACGAGAACGCAGUGCGGCUCAAGAGGAGCAGUCUGCUCUACGAGCUCAGGACAGAUUUGGAGGAGGAGAGGAUCAAACAGAAAAUAGCAGAUCGAACCCGCAAACAGAGGUGCCGGAUUUACCUCAUCCGCCUCAUCCUCAACCUUUUCGUCAUCGGUGUGCUGAUGGGUUGCUUCUACAGCAUUUACCUAGCCACCAUCUUCUCCCAGGAAGUCCAGAUUGAUAAUAAAAAGGAUAAUUUCAUCGUGGAUCUCAUCUAUGAGUAUCUCCCCUCAAUUGUCAUCACCUUGGCUAACUUCAUCACCCCCCUCCUCUUCUCGGCUAUAAUCAAUUACGAGGACUACUCGCCUGCCUUCGAGAUCCGCUUCACUCUCAUGAGGUGUGUCUUCAUGCGGUUGACCAGCAUCGGGGUUCUGCUCUUCUCUCUCUGGUCUCAGAUCACUAAAUGUGAAAAUGAGCCCUGCCUCUGUGGCUAUAACCACGUGCUUUACUCUUGUUGGGAGACCCGCAUUGGACAGGAGAUGUACAAACUCACCAUCUUUGACUUCAUCAUCAUUUUUGCAGUCACCGUCUUUGUGGAGUUUCCCAGAAAGCUGAUAGUGCAGCACUGUGACUGCGGCCUGGCGAAGUGGUUUGGCCAGCAGGAGUUUUCCAUCCCUCAGAACGUGCUGGAGAUCGUCUACGGUCAGACCAUCUGCUGGAUCGGCACAUUCUACAGCCCGAUGCUGCCUGCCAUCUGCACGAUGAAGUACUUCUUUAUCUUCUAUAUUAAAAAGGUGUCUUUGAUUAACAACUGCCGUCCAGCCACACGUCCGUUCCGAGCCUCAAGCUCUAACUUCUUCUUCCUGGUAGUGCUGCUGAUAGGCCUGGCUCUGGCCUGCCUGCCCGUCUCUUUCAGUGUGGCACAAAUAAACUCUUCCCAGGCCUGUGGACCAUUCGUUAAUUACACCACCUCCUGGGAGGUGCUGCCAAAUACAGUAUCCGAGCUACCCCAUGGAAUCAAAACCCUCCUCUUCGCUCUCUCAUCAGAGGCCUUCGCUGUCUCCUUCUUUGUUGUCACAUGUUUGAUCAUGUUUUAUGUGAUUGCACUAGCUGGAGCUCACAAGAGAGUUAUUAACCAACUAAGGGAGCAGCUGGUAGUGGAGGGCCGUGACAAACGUUUCCUGAUCCAAAAGCUGUGCCAGGCCCAGAGGCUCUCGGCUAUCAAAUCCCCGGGGUCCAAAUCCCAGCCCCGCAGCCCCAGCUAUCACACCAGCUUCUCCAACAAUUUCAAUGAAAGUGUGUUCCUGGCACACUCACCUCCUGACUCCUCCACACAUGUGUGACGCACUACCUGCUUAUACAGACCAAAAAGAACAAGACUGGACGGACUGGAUUUGAAAACUGAAUUAAUAUCUUCUAUUUUUUAUUAUGAAAACACUACUUCGGAGCUUCUCUGGACCUGCUUACAUUAAUGUAGUGUGUUUUUGUGUGUUCUUUCGUUGAUAAUCUGAUUAUUAUAAAACCCUUAAGAGGAUGCAAUGUUCAAGUAUUUUUAAAACAAUAUCAUUUGUGGUGUUUUUAAUCUGAUGUAUGUACUGUCAUUUCUUCCUUCUGAGAAGGACUUGCAUUAUUAUAACCACUGGAGUGUAUGCACUUUAAAUGUAUUAACACUACUGUUUUCUUACUUUUUAUAAUUUGUGUGUUUACAAAACAGUGUGGGCAUCGUCUGUCAUCAUCUACUGUUUAUCAUCAAUAAUGAUUGUAUAUUAAUGCAAAAAACGACUACGUUUCAAACUGUAAUCAUUUUCAUUUUACCAUUACUGUCACAUUUUUCUUAUUACAUUUUAUAUAUAUAUAUAUAGCAACAAAACA